GGUAGACCAUGCGUAGGCUAACAACUCUCACCACUGGCCACAUCAGCCUCAGGGGGGUUUAUCCGCGGUUCUUCAUCUCCAUCUCUAUUCUCUAACUCCUAUCAACUGUCCCUUCGAACAGAAGCUCACAUAGACAUCAUACACUUCCGUACUCACACUCUCCCCCACACAACAUUACCAUUCCACACUCUCACAUCACACGCACACACAUUUCCUUACAUUACUCCGAAAUGCAAGCUUCAGUUUCGCUACUCUGUAUACCUCUCCCCCCGCAAUUCACUACGCGAUCAAAUUCAAAUCUCCGAUUAUGCGGCCUACGGAAAGAGGCCUUUGGAUUUUGCUCAGUCUCGCAGUUCCAGAAUCGCGGAUCUCACUGGACUAGUGUUGUUUCAAGAAAGUCACGUUGGGGGAGGCAGUUGGUUUUUUCAGCUUCUGCUACAGUCGCUGACAAUGGAAGCGUCCAUCCGACGACGUUCGAUUAUGAUCUCGUUAUUAUUGGAGCUGGUGUUGGAGGCCAUGGAGCUGCACUUCAUGCCGUCGAAAAGGGCCUUAAAACAGCUAUUAUCGAGGGUGACGUCAUGGGUGGAACUUGCGUUAAUAGGGGAUGUGUUCCUUCUAAAGCCCUACUUGCAGUAAGUGGUAGGAUGCGUGAACUUCAGGAUGAGCAUCACAUGAAAGCUUUGGGUUUGCAGAUUGCGGCUGCUGCAUACGACCGGCAGGCAGUGGCUGACCAUGCUAAUAAUCUUGCUUCAAAGAUUCGUGGUAAUCUGACUAAUUCAUUGAAGGCACUUGGGGUAGACAUUUUGACAGGAUUUGGCACCAUAGUGGGUCCUCAGAAGGUCAAAUAUGGAAAGGUUGGUUUGUCUGACAAUGUGGUUACUGCAAAAGACAUCAUUAUUGCCACGGGUUCAGUUCCUUUUGUUCCCAAAGGAAUUGAAGUUGAUGGGAAGACUGUAAUUACAAGUGAUCAUGCUCUUAAAUUGGAAUUUGUUCCAGACUGGAUUGCCAUAGUUGGAAGUGGUUAUAUUGGGCUCGAGUUUAGUGAUGUAUAUACUGCUCUUGGUAGUGAGGUUACGUUCAUUGAAGCUCUGGAUCAACUAAUGCCUGGGUUUGAUCCUGAGAUAGGCAAGUUAGCUCAAAGGGUUCUGAUAAAUCCUCGGAAAAUUGAUUAUCACACUGGAGUAUUUGCAAGCAAGAUAACUCCCGCAAAAGAUGGGAAGCCGGUGAUUAUUGAGCUUAUUGAUGCCAAGACAAGAGAACCAAAAGAUACAGUGGAGGUUGAUGCAGCAUUAAUUGCAACAGGAAGGGCUCCAUUUACAAAAGGUCUAGGACUGGAGAACAUUAAUGUAGAGACACAACGUGGAUUUGUCCCCGUUGAUGAGCGCAUGAGAGUUAUUGAUGCAGUUGGGAAUCUGGUUCCACACUUAUAUUGCAUUGGUGAUGCAAAUGGUAAACUGAUGCUCGCUCAUGCAGCAAGUGCUCAAGGAAUUUCGGUUGUUGAACAACUUACUGGAAAAGAUCAUGUGCUUAACCAUUUGAGCAUCCCAGCAGCAUGUUUCACUCAUCCUGAAAUCAGUAUGGUUGGGUUAACUGAGCCACAAGCAAGGGAAAAAGCUGAAAGAGAGGGAUUUGAGAUAAGUAUUGCCAAAACGAGUUUCAAGGCCAACACCAAGGCCCUGGCUGAGAACGAAGGGGAAGGACUUGCAAAGUUGAUAUACAGACCUGACAAUGGCGAGAUUCUUGGAGUUCACAUUUUUGGGAUGCACGCUGCAGACCUCAUACAUGAAGCAUCUAAUGCUAUAGCAUUAGGCACGCGAGUUCAGGACAUAAAGUUUGCAGUUCAUGCACAUCCAACCUUGUCUGAAGUUCUUGACGAGCUAUAUAAAUUGGCUAAGGUAAAUCCCCAUGCUACAAAGCAACUUUGUGAACCAGUUGCCCUGUAGGCUUUCACUUUCAUAUGAGAUUUUUGAGCAAUUAGGUUGUAGUAGGGAGCUUUUGGAGAUUACAGAUGCUCUGGUAAGACAAGCAACCACCCCAUGGUUACCACUGAAUGACAAGACAGAUGAUAUUGAAAGAAUAUGCCAGGUUACCAGAGCUAGAGUCCAGGUGUUCUUCAUCAACUGAUACUGGUUUCGCAAGAUAUUGGAUGAAGGCAAUUUAAUUUAUGUAUUUGUCGGAAGUUGAUUACGCAGUCAUUUGUUUUUAACUUUUGGAAUGUUCGUAACAGAAUCUUUAGCCGAAAGCCAAUUAGGCGUGUAUGGAAGUUCCAAGUUGGUAUAAAUAUCAAUAUCAUCAGCUUGUGUACUUUUGAGA